AAUCCUUCUGUGGAAGUUUUAAACAUCUUUUAUUAGUGGAAACAUUAUUUGCUGCAAAAUGAAGUCAACAUCUUAAUUUAAACCAGCAUUUCUGUGGUUCUGAUUCAUCUGCUAUGGUUCACGAAGCUUGAGAUCUAAGGAGUACAGGGUCUUUUGCGAUGACAAUAUGACUAAUAGUAAAGGAAGAUCUAUUACUAAUAAAAUAAGUGAUGGUCCAAGUAGUGGAGGCGGUUUUGUAGACUGGACUUUAAGCUUAAAUACAGUUCAAUCUGAUAAGUUUUUAAACUUAUUGUUGAGUAUGGUUCCAGUAAUUUACCAGAAAAACCAGGAAGACAGGCACAAAAAAGCAAAUGGCAUUUGGCAAGAUGGAUUAUCAACUGCAGCACAGACUUUUAGUAUUAGAUCAGAGCAACACAUGGAGUAUCACAGUUUCUCAGAGGCGUCUUUUCAUGGCAAUAACGGGCACACACCAUCAAGCUGUAGCCAAAAGUAUGAUGACUAUGCCCCCUACAAUUACUGUGACGGAAGGGAGACGUCAGAAACUACUGCCAUGUUACAAGAUGGAGAUACGUCUAGUGAUGGUGACGAAGAUGCCGUUGUGGAAGUAAACCAAAAAUUACCAAAGGAAUCCAGUGGUGUCAUGGCACUGCAAAUACUUGUGCCAUUUUUGCUGGCUGGUUUUGGAACAGUUUCAGCUGGCAUGGUUUUGGAUAUAGUCCAGCACUGGGAGGUAUUCAAAAAAGUAACAGAAGUUUUCAUUUUAGUUCCUGCACUUCUUGGUCUCAAAGGGAACUUGGAAAUGACGUUGGCAUCCAGAUUAUCCACUGCAGUAAACAUCGGGAAGAUGGAUUCACCCAUUGAAAAGUGGAACCUAAUAAUUGGCAACUUGGCUUUAAAGCAGGUUCAGGCGACAGUAGUCGGUUUUCUAGCAGCUGUGGCAGCAAUUAUUUUGGGCUGGAUUCCAGAGGGAAAAUACUAUCUUGAUCAUUCCAUACUUCUGUGCUCUAGCAGUGUAGCAACUGCCUUCAUCGCAUCUCUUCUGCAGGGAAUAAUAAUGGUUGGAGUUAUCGUUGGUUCAAAGAAGACUGGUAUAAAUCCUGAUAAUGUUGCUACACCCAUUGCUGCUAGUUUUGGUGACCUUAUAACUCUUGCCAUAUUAGCUUGGAUAAGUCAGGGUUUGUACUCCUGUCUUGAGACCUAUUACUACAUUUCUCCAUUAGUUGGUGUCUUUUUCUUGGCUCUAACUCCUAUCUGGAUUAUAGUAGCUGCCAAACAUCCAGCCACGAGGACAGUUCUCCACUCAGGCUGGGAGCCUGUCAUAACAGCUAUGGUUAUAAGUAGCAUUGGGGGCCUUAUUCUGGACACAACUGUAUCUGAUCCAAACUUGGUUGGGAUUGUCGUUUACACACCAGUUAUUAACGGUAUCGGUGGUAAUUUGGUGGCCAUUCAGGCUAGCAGGAUUUCUACCUACCUCCAUUUACAUAGCAUUCCAGGAGAACUGCCUGAUGAACCCAAAGGUUGUUACCACCCAUUUAGAACUUUUUUUGGCCCAGGAGUAAAUAAUAAGUCUGCUCAAGUUCUGCUGCUUUUAGUGAUUCCUGGACAUUUAAUUUUCCUCUACACUAUUCAUUUGAUGAAAAGUGGUCACACUUCUUUAACUGUAAUCUUCAUAGUGGUAUACUUAAUUGCCGCUGUGUUACAGGUAUUUACCUUGCUGUGGAUUGCUGACUGGAUGGUCCAUCACUUCUGGAGGAAAGGAAAGGACCCGGAUAGUUUCUCCAUCCCCUAUCUAACGGCACUGGGUGAUCUGCUCGGGACAGCUUUGUUAGCCUUAAGUUUUCAUUUUCUUUGGCUUAUUGGAGAUCGAGAUGGAGAUGUUGGAGACUAAUAAAUCUUUCAAACUGCCCUCAAGUUGCCAAGGAGGAAAACACAAGACAACCACUUAUGACUCUUUUUCAAAAAUCUUAAAUCAGUAGUUUGACUUCUGCCAGGGUAAUAAUCUUCAGUUGGCCUUGAUUCAAUUAAAUGGCCUUAACUUUUUUUUAAGGAAUUGGUGUUGAAACCAGAAUGAACAGUAUUUGUGCUGCUUUUCAUAGAAUAAAUAAUAAUUUGACAUAGACAUAGAUACAAGCUCAAGCUCUGAAAUUAAGUAAAUAGGAAAGAAUAUAGGAUGUUUACAAUGAAUAAUUUUAAAACCACAGAUGUAGCAGAAAUGUACUUUAUUAUUGUUUAACUUAUAAUGCCAGGCUUAGAGGAAACAGUGUUCUAGCUUAGCCUUUCUUGUCUCACAGAUGUUGUACUGCAAAGCAUACUAUAAAAUGAAAGGGGCCCAACCAAGCUUUUAACUAUGCCCACCUCUCUGCUAGCUGAGGAUAAAUUUACCAAUCACUUGCUCCUAACCUGACCUAAAUACGUUCUGCUGAGCAUAAGAUAAACUCACUUUUACCUGCUUUUCCCUGUGCCCAUGCUAAUUUAAUUUCAACUCUGCAAGUUCUUGGCAGGCUACCCUUUAAACACAGAAAGACUUUUUGAAAGAUCUUUAAUGGAAGCAAUGGGUCAUUUUUGAUCAUUGAUUUGUUGAAAGAAUGCCGAUCUUUUUCAGAAGGCUUAAUAGUCAAAAACAGAAGAUAACCUGAGCUACAUUUGUAGAGAUAAGAUGGUGUGAGAAAUUGUCUGUGUCUGUGUGUGUCUGUGUGUGUGUGUGUGUGUGUGUGUGUGUGUGUGUGUGUUAGAAAGACAGACAGAGAGGGAAGCUUUUAAUGGAGAACUGAAUCUUGGAUUGUUGAUAGGAAAGAUCAUAGUGCUAUUGGAAUAUUAGCAUUAUAUAGUUAUUCUUAAACACAUUUUAUUGAUACGAUUUUGUCAUUUGGUCCAAAAAUUUUGCUACUGCCCAGAAUUUGGUAUUUGUUACCUAUAUUGUAAUUAAUAGUUUCUUCUUAUAAAAAAAAACUGUACCAUUUAAUAUAACCAGGAUAUUAUAAGAUUUAAAAUGAGCAAGUAACUCAUUUGCUCUUCUAAAGAAGUCUAUUGAAACUUUUAGGCUUACCAUUUUAAAAGAGAAGUUGGUGGAUUACUUCAAUUAUUGCUCAUGCCUAUACAUAUCAUCUGUUUGCAUAGGCUUAUUUCUAUAUGGGACUCUAUCAUAUACCCUGCUCUGUUUCUCAAAUAUUUUUCUAAAACUCUGAUCUAUAUUCCAAACACUUGACUAACAGUUUAGUUAUUCAAUAGGUAAGCAUUUUUAUAUCACGUAUAGUUCAUUAAAAAAAGUGCGGUAGAAUCUCUCAAGACUGUCAGAUUUUAAUAAUUUAACUAAGGGAAGAAAAAUUGCACAUUAAGUUUGAUCAUCAUGGUUUAAGUUGUGUUAGUGUUAACACUAUAUAGAUAGAAGUUUGUAAAUAUAUUGGGGGAAGUGUUCCUAGUAAGCUCUUUAAAAUAAGGGGACUGUGGUUUAGAAUUAUAUAUUUUUGCUUAUUUUAAAACUUUAAUUAUUCCAUUCUUCUGCCUUAUAAUGAAGCUUUUAAGGCAGAGAACUGAACUAAUUAUAGAAUUUCUCCUUUGGAGAGUUAUAAUGUCACAUAGUAAACAUUCUUAUAAAAGAAAGAAUAAUUAAGUUGAUGAAUAUUUAGUUGCAAAGAUUUUUUAUUUAAAAAAAUCCAUAAAUAAUUUCUUU